UCCGGCCGCCAUCUCGCUCCCCUCCGCGUGCUGCGCCCGGUCUUGCGGCCUUCGCUUUUCCCCCCGUUCCGGCGCCGCCGCUUCUGCCCCGGGAAGAUGAAAGAAACAAUCAUGAACCAAGAAAAGCUCGCCAAGCUGCAGGCCCAAGUGCGCAUCGGUGGCAAGGGUACUGCCCGCAGAAAGAAGAAGGUUGUCCAUAGAACGGCUACAGCAGAUGACAAGAAACUUCAGUUUUCUUUGAAGAAACUGGGAGUCAACAAUAUUUCUGGAAUUGAAGAGGUAAACAUGUUUACCAACCAAGGAACAGUCAUUCACUUCAAUAACCCUAAAGUUCAGGCAUCUCUGGCUGCUAACACUUUCACUAUCACAGGCCAUGCUGAGACAAAGCAGCUGACAGAAAUGCUUCCUAGCAUCUUAAAUCAGCUUGGAGCUGACAGUCUGACCAGCCUGAGGAGAUUGGCAGAAGCUCUACCCAAGCAACCUGUGGAUGGAAAAGCACCACUUGCUACUGGUGAAGAUGAUGAUGAUGAAGUUCCAGAUCUUGUUGAAAACUUCGAUGAAGCUUCAAAGAAUGAGGCAAACUGAACCAAGUGUCACUUUCUGAAUAAAGUUAAAACUUGAAAAAGCUA